AACGUUAAAAUUAUCAGUCUUCCAAUUUACCGAAAAUUACAGUUAACCCUCGUUACCCUUCCCACACUCCUCCGCCGCCACGGCCACCGCCACCACCGCCACCACCAAUGGGUUUCUUCGACUUAAACAUCCCUUACCUAGAGUCCGACCGCAACGCCACCGAUAAAUCCUCCCUAAAAGGCCGCCGCCUGAAGCUCGCCCUCAAAUCCAUGGAGCUCGGCUACACCGGCGUGGCCUACAACCGCACCCUCAAAGGCGUCAUGUCCGAAUCCCACCGCUGCUCCACCGCCCUCUUCCCUCUCUCCAAACUCAUCCCCACCUCCUCUUAUUUCUUCGCCGCCGUCAAACUGCACCGCGACCUCCUAAACGUCGCCGUUUCCGCCCCCUUCCGCCAGUACACCCGCCUCACCGUAAUCGUCGAUAUCGCCUCUCAAUCGUCCACUCUCAAUGCCGGAAACCCUAUCCUCAGAAGCUACGAUAUAGUUGCCGUUAAGCCCAUGAACCAAAACGCCUUCGACCAGGCUUGUCAAACAUCAGAGGUGGAUAUGAUUGCCAUUGAUUUCUCGGAGAAAUUGCCGUUUAAGCUGAAGCAAUCGAUGGUUAAGGCCGCUAUCAAGCGGGGAGUGUACUUCGAAAUCACAUACUCUGGUCUUAUUGCUAAUGCACAAUCAAGAAUACAAAUGAUAUCCAACUGUAAGCUUCUUGUUGAUUGGACACGAGGGAAGAAUCUAGUAUUCUCUAGUGCCGCCACGUCAGCAACCGAACUUAGAGGGCCUCAAGAUGUUUCGAAUCUGUUCUCUCUUAUCGGUCUCAACACAGAACGUGCUAAAGCAGCUAUUUCCAAAAAUUGUAGAUCCCUCCUGGCUAAAGCAUUAAGGAAAAAACAUUUUCACAAGGAGGCGGUUAAGGUUGAAGAAGUACGGCCAGGUGGACAAGUGUUCGACGACUGGCUUACAUGCGAUCCUAUUUCCAGCGGUGAAGGAGAUAUGCUAUUAGAUGAUAUGGAGCAGGCUUUUGCGCUUUCCAACACUCUCACACAAACUGUGAAAAAACCCAUCGAUUUUUCGUCGAAUAUGAACGGUUUGCCUUCACAUGGUUUGCAGAUUAAAGACGUAAUACCACACGAUAGUGAUAGCUCCGCACCUAUUCCUAUGGAGAUUGAGAAGAAGGCUGAAGAGCAUGAUAUCCUUAACUCUUUGCCUGAAAAUCGAAGCGUAUUUAGUACGAUGAGCAAAGAGCAUGAAAAUCGAACUUCAAUACCUGAUGUCACGGAAGUUUCGUUACAACAUGUUCCUGGUUUUGAAGAGGGUCAAAAUUCUGGUAAUAAUGCAAAGAUUGGAUUUCAGGGUUCUGGUUUUGAAUCUUCGGUAUUGUCACCUUUGCCCUUGUAUAACGACACUUGCACGGAUGCUAAAGAAACUGUACCAGUUUCGAGCGUUAAACCGAAUCACUCAACCGACUCGGAAGAACCCCCAGGUGCAAGAGUUGAUAUUAUUGAAAUUAAAACGCCUAUUACUAAUGUGGAAAAUCAAUGUGAUUUAGUGGACAAGGUUUCGAACAUAAUUGAUAGUGAAGACAAACAAGAAACAACCUUGGCAUCUUGUGUAGAUUCUUGUGUGAAUGGAGAACAGUGUAGUGAAAUAAUGGGAGAUUGUACUAAGUUAGACUAUGGUUCGCCCACUGUGGAAUCUUUUAAUCCGACAACGAAUUUUAACGAAUCAAUUUCCAACGAUGUGAUCGGACAGUCGAUGCAGAUGGAUUCUGUCGGUAAUUAUCAAUGCCUUGGUAAAUCUCAGGCGGCAGGAAGAGAGAAGAGAAAACGGAAUUCACCUAAUAAAUCUCUCUUGUUUCCGUUGAAACGUAACUUGAACAACAGGCCAUUGAAGAAGAAGUCUCGGAAGUGAAAACCUUCGACUAGUAUGUAAGCUCAUCAUUUAGAUUUUUCUGCCCUUUUAUUUUAUUAUUUAUUUAUUUAUUAUGCGACAAUUGAGGUUUUAGGUACGAUUAUGCCUUUUAAAAUUAGUAAUAAGUAUAGCUAUACUUAUAUUAGUGAUUUAUUGUAGAUAGGGUCCCAAUUUUUCUAUUGA